AUGACUCCAAGUCCCACGACACAUCGAUUGACCGAGUAUAAUCUCGCAUUACAUACUCAGCUGCUGGAGCGCGAGUCAGGCACCGUGACAAUACCGUGGGCGGAAAAGGUCAUCAGAGAAGAGGAAGUCCAAAAGUUUUAUUCGGUGAUAGGAACUGGCAUUGUCAACAAGGAUGCGAAUUAUGCCAAUGGCGACUCUGAGGACCAGAGCCACGUAUUCCCCGCGACCAGAGACAGUCCUUCGCAUCUCAGCUCAAGCAUUAAGCUGUUUGAACACGGGCAAGAACAGUAUUUAGAGAGCCCCCUAGAGCGGUUUCUAACCCCAGAUGGGAGCAGUGACCCACGAUAUUUUGCUCGUCCAGCCCUUGAAUGUCUAGAGACCCAUUUCGACAAGGCACAGGGGGUAGCCGAGAGGCAACAGAUGGCGAAAAAUAACGCGAAGUCGGUGGCUAGGACAAAGGCAAAAGCACAAGGAAGCCAGGGGUCAUUGUAUCAUCUUUGGACGGCAUCGACACGGUAG